UGAUAUCAGAGGGCCAGUUUAACCCAUCCCCACCACCCGUUCCCUGCUUUGAAUAUAAAAGCGGAGACGCCAGCAUCACAGUAUCAGUAGACUCCCAAACAACAGCAGCCGAUCUACUAGUUGACAGCUUCAGAAUCAACAUGAAGGUCCUCAUUGUUAUGGCUCUGGCUGCACUGGCACUGGCCAGCGCGGCCCCAGGUGGCGGCAGCUACGGAGGUGGACAAGGUAGCUACGGAAACCUUGGUCAGGACGGACACGGUAUCAACCACGGAAGCCACAGCAACCUCGGCCAGGACGGACACGGCGUUCACCACAGCAACCUAGGCCAAGACGGACACGGCAUCCAACACAGCAACCUCGGCCAGGACGG